UCUCCUUUAAGUCAACUCUGCAACUUUGCAUGGUGCCACUUCCAGACCACGAAAGCUGAUUUAAAGUGGAAUACAAGAAUAGAUGAUCAGCCGACGACAGCGCCCGAAAUAACAGCUUCCAUCAUGUUUAAAAGGGGCUGUGGGCUGGAGUUCCUGCUGGUGCUUUGUGGUCUGGAGCUGUCCUGGUCGUGCCCGCGCCACUGCAUCUGCUACACGGGGCCCAGCACGGUCAGCUGCCAGUCGCACAACUUCCUGUCGGUGCCCGAGGGCAUCCCGCCGCACAGCGAGCGCCUCUUCCUGCAGAACAACAAGAUCCACCGGCUGCUGCGCGGCCACUUCAGCCCCACCACCGUCACGCUGUGGAUCUACUCCAACAACAUCACCUACAUCGAGCCCAGCACCUUCCACGGCUUCACCGUGCUGGAGGAGCUGGACCUGGGGGACAACCGGCACCUGCGCUCGCUGGACUCGGAGACCUUCCGCGGCCUGAGCCGGCUCCACGCGCUGCACCUGUACCGCUGCGGCCUCAGCGUGCUGCCCACCGACAUCUUCAAGGGCCUGCGCAACCUGCAGUAUCUCUACCUGCAGGACAACCAUUUGGAGUUUCUGCAGGACGACAUCUUCGUGGACCUGCACAACUUGAGCCACCUGUUCCUGCACGGCAACCGGCUGUGGAGCCUGCACCAGAACACGUUCCGGGGACUGGGGGCCCUCGACCGGCUGCUGCUCCACCACAACCGGCUCCAGUGGGUGGACCGGCAGGCCUUCCACGACCUGCGGCGCCUCACCACGCUCUACCUGUUCAACAACUCGCUGCCGGAGCUGAGCGGCGAGUGCCUGUCGACGCUGCCGGCGCUCGAGUACCUGCGGCUCAACGACAACCCGUGGGAGUGCGACUGCAAGGCGCUCUCGCUCUGGGACUGGCUCAAGAAGUUCCGCGGCUCCACGUCGGCGGUGGGCUGCGCGGCGCCGCCCGACGCGGCCGGCAAGGACCUCAAGCAGCUGCGCAAGGAGGACUUCCCCGACUGCUCGGGGUCCGAGUCGCUGAAGAAGGAUCCGCUGCCGGCGCCGGCGCCUCCGCAGCCUCCGCCGCGCGCCCCGCGGCCCCACCACCCGCACCACGCGGGCGGACAGUUCCCCUCGCCGCCCUCGCCUCUGCCCCACCCGCCCACCUCCGUCAACGGGGUGCACGCCGGCUCGGGGGGCGUCACCGGAGCGGGGCCCCCGCACAGGUCCGGCGGCGGCGGCGGCGGCGGCCGGUCGCGGAACUGCACUCGCCAGCGCACCAAGGGCGGCAAGGGCCGGGGCGCGAACGACGUGCACACCCUCAAGGAGAUGGUGGACAAGGAGUACCCCUCGCCCGACGGGGGCAAGGACGACCCCACCACCCCGGAGGGCUCCACCCCGCGGCGGAAGCACAAGUGCACCCCCCGGACCUCUAUGCGGCCCCCUAGCGGGGUGCAGCUGCCCACCGACUGGGCGGCUCCGCGGCGGCCCGGGCCGCUCCUCUGCGGCUCGCUGGCCGUGCUGGCGGCGCUGACCACGGAACUGAUCCUGCGCUGACCCCGCGCCGCACAGCGUCAUGGCCAUAACAAUGACAAUGCAAAUCCUCCGACCCACUCAAGCUCCGCCACUGGAAGGCCCGUGUGUCUGUCUGUGUGUGUGUGUGUGUGUGUGACUGUGAGAGAGAGAGAGUGAGAAACAAGCCUGAUUGUGCUUGUAUGUGUAUGUGUGUGUGUGUGUGUGUGUGUGUGUGUGUGUGUGUGUGUACUCUGUGUGUGUAACUAUACCAUUGUGUACGGAGCUUUUGCUGUUUUUAGACUCUCAACUAGACCUAUUAACACUGAACAUCCAAUGUGAGAACCACUCACAGCAUUAUGUGAGAAUGUGGGAGUCUAGAUGAUGAAGAGGCAGAGGAUCACAAGAGGCAGAACACAGACCAUGCUUGCACUGCCACUGUUGCCAUUGCAGUUGAUUUUCUCAUUUCGUGUUGUCUGGUUUUAUUCUUGUACUGUUCAUGAUAGUUGUGCGUCAUUAACUGUAAGAGAAGUACGGGGACUGAGACAAUGGUGAUCCUGGGGCUAGACCGAAGUUCCAAGUUGGCCAGAGUGGGACAGUGUUGUCCAAUAAAACAGUUUAUUUUGCUUUCUUUUUCACUUGAGUUUCUACGUGUGUGCGAAAAGCAGGAACAUGCAAAAUGACAAUUUUGCAUAUACAAAGUCGGUCUAUUGUCAAAUGCAACAUUUAUUGCCAAAUGUGUUUCUUAGUCUGUUGCCAACAUAAGUUCUGCUGACAUGAGUAAAAAGUAAUAGAAAAACAUUACUUAUCAGCCAAGGAAUGCACAUUCCGCUUUCACAGUACAUUGUCAAAAUUUGUCCUUGCAAUAGAACUCAUUGCAGAUAAAUAUACAGCCCACAUGGCAACCAUUCAAGCACAUUCUUAUUUCUUAUCGGUGUCACGUUUUGCUAGACCAUUUAUUUCUUCUUUUUUCCUCGUCUCUUCCAGGAAUUGUUUCAGGUCUCCCCCUUUUUCUUUGAUUGUAUUUCUUUGCCAUUGCACAUUACAAAGGCAAUUAUCUUCUAGCUGCUAUAUUCUUUGAAAAGAAAAAAAAAUACAUGUGUCCCCAAAAGAAAGAAAGAAAGAAAAAAAAAACCUACGAGUGCGUUUAGAAAUGUAUCAGCCUCUUGUCCUCCCAUGUCGUUUUCUUUGAUUUGAUGACAACUCUUGGAGGCUCAGAGGACGCACCCAGAUGGGGAACAGCAGGAGAGAGAGCUGGGGUGGCCCGGACAGGAGCAAAGGUGAACAUUGAGGAUGAACUCAAUCUGAUAACGGCCCUUAUUCCUCCUGAACAUGGCUGUCCCUUUCCAUUCAGAGUGUCAAAGGCCCAACGUGGGCCUAGAUUAAAAGAUGGAGAGGGGGGGGGGGG